AUGACGGUGAAGCAAGGGGAGAAUGAAAGUCUUAAGGACUACAUCAAGAGGUUUAACACCGAGUCUCAGCUCAUACCCGACCUCCAAGACAAUGUUGCUUUCACAGCCCUUCUCUUCGGGCUCAAGUCUAACAAGCUGAAGUUUGAACUUGUCCAUGACAAGGUGAGCACCUUCUCUGAAGCAAUGGAGAGAGAUGAAAGGAUCAUUGAAGCUAGUGAGGUGUGCAAGGCACCCACAACAAACAACAAGGGGAAGAGGAAGCAAGAAGAUAAUUACCAUGACAACAGGAAUCGAAGGCCGAGGAGGGCUGAGAGUGAUGAUGAAGGACUCAAGUACAAUGCUGAUAGGCGUGAGAUCUAUUUGGACAUAAAGCACAAGGCUAUUCUUCCUAAUCCUAACCCCAUGAACACACCGAUAGAACAGAGGAACAAGAAGCUUUGGUGUGAAUACCACAAGGAGUGCGGUCAUACCACCCGGAACUGCAGAGAGCUUAAAAGAGCCCUUGACAAGCUAGCUGAAGAGGGAAAGCUUAACAGAUAUCUCAAGUCCCCCCCAAAGGAUAAGCAAAGCAAGGCCGCCAAGGAAGUGCAAGAAACCCAUAGCUCUGCUGACACUAACUUGAGCAUCAAUGUCAUAGCCGGAGGGUUUGCCUCAGGGGGUUUGUCUAACAGGGCACGCAAAAGUCACUUGCGGUCGCUCGAAGAGCCCAUCUAUGAUAUCGGCACCCCCUCAUCUAUUCCGGACCGGUUUUUAUAG